AUGACUUUUGAAAAAUUAUUUAAAAAAUCUCGCAAGACUGAAGCAACUUCAUUAUUUAUAUUUAAAAGUUCUGUGUCAAUAUUACUUUUAAUCGCUUUAUUGGGAUACACUUGGUUAAUAAUUUGGGGCAUUUAUAAUGAUAAUCCUGUCAUUCAAAAUUCUUUGCAAGAAGAAAACUAUAUUCCUGUUCCAGGUUUUGUAUAUGGUUCCGAACAAAAUAUGAGAAUUAGUUGCCAUUUUGUAAAUGCUAGCGGUAUUCAAGACUGUAACAGAUAUAUAAAGUAUUCCAUUAGAAACACUCUUGGAAAGAAUUCAAUUGAAGGACUUUUUACUACACGCGAUUUAAAGUUUUCCGCAGUACCUAAUAAUGGAAUAAGUUCUUUGGAAUUUAAAAUUUAUUUGAAUGAUACUAGAAAUAAUAUAAGUGCUAAUUUUUCACCAGCAUUUACACUACCAUAUAUUAUUUUUACUAUGUUAGAUGGAGAUUACCUUAAAAGUUCUAAAGAGUUUCAGAAUUCAGAUUUAGUUCAAAAUCAACUUUCAACAUACUCAAAGUUUCCUAAUACGAUUACUACCUUAAAUCUAUACCAACUUGCAGCACUUAGUUCCUAUAAAUUUAAAAUAAAAAGAAAAAGAAAAGAACUUAUGUUACCGAGCUGGGAAAAUUAUUUAGGGUUUUCAUCUAAACUUCUAAGUAUACCUUAUUUUACAUCGAAUUUGGAAACAUCUCCUCUUUUAAAUGAUACUGAAUUUCCAACAUUGAUAUUACUCGCAAAAGUGACAAUUGAACCACAAUCGUUUAUUACUCAAGUUGAAACUGAAAAAAGGUUUUUUAUUAAGUUUAUUGAGUCAGGUGCAUGGGGAUUUGCUGCAACAAUUUAUGCAAUACUUUUUGGCACUAUUGGUAUUAAGCCAUGGGGAUUAGCUCAAAAAUAUGGUUUUAAGAUAAAUAAAUCAGUACAAACAAAGUUGCAAAAUACAUUGGAAUUUAUUCCAUUUAUUAAUCAUCCGAAAACUACUGAUAAUUUAAAUAACCAUGAAUUAAAAAGAAGACUAGAUUCAUUGCAAUUAUUUUUAACAGAAUAUGUUGUUGAUGUACAAUAUUUGGAAAAGAUUUAUAAAGCUAAUAUAAAUGAAAAAG